AAAACCUACAAACCACAUUCACAAUGGCUGCAAAGGGAAAUUUCGAACUUUUGUGCUUGGAGAACCCGCUGCUGGAUAUCCAGGGCGUUGCAGACCAGAAGCUACUCGACAAGUAUGACCUGAAGGCCAACGAUGCCAUCCUCGCUGAGGAGAAGCACAUGGGGCUUUACGAGGAUCUGCUCCAGAACUACAAGGCUGUCCUCAUCGCGGGUGGUGCAGCACAAAACACUGCGAGAGGUGCUCAGUACAUGCUCCAGCCCGACUCUGUCGUCUACAUUGGCUGCAUCGGCAAGGACAAGUACGGCGAGACCCUCGAGAAGAUCAGCGGAGAGGCCGGUGUCAAGACCGAGUACCUCUACGACGAGAAGACCCCUACCGGUCGCUGCGGUGUCGUUAUCACGGGCCACAACCGCUCGCUGUGCACGGAUCUCGCGGCUGCAAACAACUACAAGGUGGAGCACCUGAAGUCGGAGCGCAUCUGGAAGCAGGUCGAGAAUGCUCAGGUCUUCUACGUUGGUGGUUUCCACUUGACCGUCUGCGUGCCGGCUAUCAAGGCCUUGGCUGAGGAGGCGGCCUCCAAGAACAAGACUUUCAUUCUUAACCUGUCUGCUCCCUUCAUCUCCCAGUUCUUCAAGGACCCCCUUGACGAGGUCCUCCCAUACGUCGACAUCCUGAUCGGCAACGAGACCGAAGCCGCCGCUUUCGCCGAGUCGCACGGUAUCGAGUCCAAGGAUGUCAAGGAGAUCGCGAAGGCUAUUGCCAACAUGCCCAAGAAGAACUCGAAGAGGGCGAGGACAGUAGUUUUCACGCAGGGCACAGAUCCCACCGUUGCCGUAAGCGCAAAGGAUGGCGGUGAUGUUGACGUCAAGGAGGUGGCAGUACACGCCAUUGGAGACGAGAAGAUCAACGACACAAACGGUGCAGGUGAUGCUUUCGCUGGCGGUUUCGUCGCCGGUAUCGUCGAGGGCAAGGGGCUCGAGCAGUCCAUCGACAUGGGACAAUGGCUCGCCAAGCUGAGCAUUCAGGAACUGGGCCCAUCGUACCCGUCGCCCAAGCAGACAUACAAGUCCAGCUAAGCGCUUCACCGAGGAGCGCCACAGCUCGAGUAUUUCAACAAUCUGCGAGAGCCAGUCCGAGUGAGUUGAGCCGAGUCAACUUGCGAUUCAAGCCGAGCCAGAGGUCGGGUUUGGGCUAGCUAGGGCAGCUCAGGGGUGCUUUUUUGGCGUCAAAGUUAAAAUGGAGAAUUGGCCUUUCAACAGCCAUGUGAUGGAUACCCGGAAGUGUAUGCUACUUUUAAGCAACUAAAUCAAAUCAAUCAAUAUAUCAAUAGCUAUGAGUACUUCUAGAGUUCAGGUAAA